AUGGAGCCAUUGAGCUUCCACGUUCAAUCAGUCUGGAACACUAUCAACUUGUCGCUGAAGAGAUUUGGCAUCGAAAACAUGGAAACCUGGGAGGACGAGAACCCCGUGACCAUGGCCGAGCUUAUUGAGCGCGCAGAGAGGCCCAAGGCAUUCCUGGACGGCAUUGAACCGGCAACUUUAGCGAAAAAGGACAGAAUGGAAAUGAAGGUCAUGGGAGAAAUCGGUACCGGGAAACAAUUUAUUCUGUCACUGGGCAUGCCAAACUUCUUUUUCCAUCUGCAAACCGUCUACUCCAUUCUCCGCAUGAAGGGAGUCCCGCUUGGCAAGUAA